AUGACUACAGUCUUGCCGCGCCGAGCGACCUAUAUCUGCCAGUCUUGCGAAAGACUCGGCAUAGGUCAACUGACCCGGCGACAACUCGCUUCAAUAGCGAGGAUCCCCCAAAGGCAGCCUGCGGCAAAGAAUCGCCGAUUCCUUUCCCAAUCCUCCAUAUGCAGAAAUGCCCCCAGCAUCUCAGCUGCUGCGAAUCUCCCUCCGAAACCAAGCAAGAAGGAGCCUUCUCUAAAAACACAUGAAAUCCCUCCCGAAAUCUCCUUGAAACCGCUCAAUCCUGCAGUCGAGCUCAAGGCACUGAAGGAAACAGUAUCGCGGUUGACGUCCCUUGACACCGUGCCCGAAGAGAGCGAUGUCCUGACAUUCCUCUUGGAUGCCUAUCGAUUGUCGAACUGUCUUGUGUUCGGCGUCAGUAAGGGUGCAAAUGAAGUUGACACAGAGCCUGGCGAGGAUCUCUCUGCCGCCAUCCUGCGCGACUUGACAGAAGACGGUUCCAGCCAUGGUUCCGUCUUUGUACCUGAUCACGAACUCUCUGCGCCUUUCCGAGACAGUGCCGCACACACAAUCGCCGAGCUGGCCUAUACCCUUCUGCGCAAUCCAAAAGUGUACGUUUCAGACGAGGCCCUGUCCCUCUACGUCCGGAUACAAUGUCUGCUGGGCAAGCCCGAGUUCCUCCCCGAGAUAUUCCACCUGCAUGCGCACAAGAGGAUACCCAACCCGAAUACAAAGCCCAUCACAUAUUCAGAGACGUGGCCGAAGCUCCCCAAGUAUGCCAUCCAGCCAGCCUUGGCAGAUGCUGCUCUCGAGGCGGCCAUUUUGAAGAAGAACUUGCCACUUGCAAUUGCUAUCAUAGACACGACCAUCACAUCGCCUGCGAACCGGAAUGCCAGAAUUCUGGGCAGAGCGGCGGGCCCCAUCGUCGGUGUGGCUUCGCUGCCUCUGCUCGCCUACGUGUGCGCGGACUGGGUGGCUCACUGGCAAAACACAAUGGACAUUGAGAUGAGCAAAUACACAGCCAUUGCCGGGGCGUUGGCUUACAUUGGGACGCUGACGACGAUCGGGUUCGUUGCCGUCACGACGACGAAUGAUCAGAUGCAAAGAGUGGUAUGGCGGCCGGGGACAAAGCUCAGUGAGCGGUGGAUCAGGGAACCCGAGCGAGCAAUGUUCGACAGGAUUGCGUUGGCUUGGGGGUUUCAGGAAAGAUCCAGAUGGGGCGAGGAGCAAGGGCACGACUGGCAGCAACUCAAAGACGAGUGCGGCAUGAGAGACAUGAUUCUAGACAAGACAGAUCUGAUGGAAGGCAUGCAAUAG